AUGUCAAGAAUAUUGGAUCCCAGAAUUUUCCUGCUAGUACUUUCAUUUUUAACAAGCCUACGGAGUACAAAGGUACUUUCAGAAUGGAAGAAAUGUGGUGAUUGGGAAUGUGAAACGGCUAUGAGCAGAGUUCAUGCCACUACAGAUUAUCUGGGACCUGACUGCCGAUAUCUGAGCUUCAAAACAGGGGAGGAGAUAACUGUAUAUUCCAAACUUUCCAGGAAAAAUGAAAAUUUGUGGAUAGGAAGUAAAGGAAAAGAUUUUGGUUAUUUCCCAAAAGAUGCUGUGAAGGUUGAGGAAGUUUUAAUUGCAGAAGAAGUUGAAGUGCUCACUAAGGAAACUGAUUUCCUUUGUCUUGAUGGAGACGAGUAUGUUUUUGAAAGCGAAGAUAACGCAUUACAUUAUCAGAACAAAGAAAGUGAAUAUUCAUCAUCUGAUGCAGAAUCAGAGCUGCAAGAAAAUGAACUCUUAAAUCAGACAGGAGACUCCUUCCAAAAUGAAGACACAAUUGAAUCAGUUUUUGAAAAUGACUCCAAAGAAUCUCAGAGUCAGGAGUCUGCAAACAAAAAAUUGGUUAGUGAAAAUGAGAGCAGAAAUGAAGAUGCUGAACAGCCAGAACUCCAAAACAGUCUCCCACUGGAACCCAUUCCAACUCAGUCUAGUUGGAUGGUUUCCGAUAUUGCAGGGUGGUUCACCACGAGAAGUGAAAAUGAUGAAGAGUCCUUAAAAGCCAUUACUGAACCAUCAGAAGAAAAUAGUUACCAAGGCAGAAAAAUAGCAGUAACUGCAGACAAUGACUUAGAGGAGCCAAAUGACAAGGAGGAACAAGAGCCCACAUCAUCUGGUUGGCUUCAGGGUGGACUGAAGGAUUUUCUGUAUUUUGGUAAAGAGAAUGUGAAUGUUGGUUUGGUAUCAGAAAAUGAUGUAGAAAUCCAUGAUGUUUCUAGUGUGGAUACUCAUUCCUACAGUGAACAUGAAACAACAGUCACAGAGUUAUCGACAGAAAAAGAACAAAAUAGUGAGAGUCAAGAAUCCACAUCAAAUUGGUUUAGUUUGGGUUUAAGUGAUGUUCUAAAUUUUGGGCAGGCUGAGAAAAAUACAGAUGCUAUGGAAGAUCAUGAAAGCAAAGAAAGAGAAGAUGAAGCAAAUAAGAAUGAAGAAAUGCAGACUUUAAACCAGCAAGAAUUACACACAGACAGAGAAUCAAAUGAGACAGUCAAAGAAGCGAUAGAUAAAGCAGAUGAGAGUUACACACCAGAAAUAAUAGAUUCAAACAGCAACAUGCUAAAUGCCAGGGAGAUAACAGCAAGUGUGUAUACUCCUAAUGAUACCAAAAACACCCCAAGCAGCACAGGAUCAUCUUUUGAUAAACUAAUAGGUGACAAAGAAGAUCCAGUUGAUCCCUGCAGUUCAGAACAAGAUGUGGUAUCAAUAAGUCAACUGUUAAAAAACACUGAAGAUAGAAAUCCAGAGUUGGAAAGGAACUACGGCCAGCCAGGUUGGUAUGAAAAUAUCUGAAAAAGUUUCAUUAAUAAUGUAGACAGAUAUGAUAAACCAAUUGAAUCAGGUCAAAUUUCUUCUCCCAUCUCAGUACUGUGAUCCCUCAGACACAAAAAAUAUAGAAGAAAUGCCUGACAUAUCAGAAGAACAGAACCAGUUCUUCCCUUAGGAUUUCUGCAGAUCUAACAAUGUUUCAGAUUUCAAUAGCUAAGGGAGAGAAAGUGUGGAGUUUAUGGGAGGAUGUGUUUAGUUGUUCCAAUGUUGAAGAAUGUGUUUCUAGAAGUAGUGAAAUUUAGGAAAACACCAACAUAAGAGGUUAUUAUGAUGACCUUAUCUCCAAAGAUUCUCUAUACUUACCUUCAAGAUUAAGUUUUGAAAAUACAGAAUGUUUACAGGCAUGAGAUUUUUCUCAAGCAAACACCAUUCGCUUUCAAAAGAGGAACAAAGUGAAGAAGAAGAGAACAGAGUAUGUGUGAAUGAAGAAAUGUGCACUUUAAAUCAACUGGAAAUUGGAAACUACUGCAGGGAAACUAAAAAACAGAAGCAGUUGAAACAGUGCAAAAUGAACAAAAUAACCUCAGUGCUUAUAUUCACAAAUAUGUAAAUUCAGAAAAUGAAUUGCACGCCAGUGGGGACCACCUAGGUGUCAAGAUUAUCCCAUGUGAGAGUGACACCAGGCUCACUCUGGAAAUGCUGUGUGAUAAAUGCACACAUUCACCGAACCCAUUUCAUUAUGUUCCAACAAUUUUAUUUAUAAAUGUUAAGCUGAGAGCAGCUCUGUGAGGGAAACAAACUUGUACAGCUACACCGAUGUGAAAAGCUUCACUGUGAAAUCACAGCCUACUUGUGGAAGCUAUUGGGUUAUUUGUGAUGGAGAUCUUUGGCCACUUGUGUCCCUGGAGCUUAGAAUUAAAAAAUAUUUUUGUUGUAGAUUGUGUGUUUUUCUACAUAGUUAGGCAAAGUGUGGCAUAUUUUUUUUGUUUUGUUUUGUUUUUUAAAGUAUAUUUUGAAAUGCUUUUUAUUCACUCCAGAAAAUUUACCUCAAGACAGAGGAAAUAAGGCAGCUGAUUCAAUACCCUUCCAAUACCCUUCUGCAUAAACAUAUCUGUGUUUUUGUAUUUUACUGUGAUGUUUGUUAUUUUGUAGUUUCCUAAAAGAUCUGCUGAUCUUUAAUCCUACAUG